ACGCAGCCACGCGGUGAGCACAAAGCGAACUAUUCUUUCGCCUUUUACUAAAGAAUACCGUGUGCUCGCCGCAAAUAGUGGCAUACGCCAAUUUUUAGAGGGGUGUUCUUCAAUGAAAACCCCAACAAUGCUAGUAUUUAACACUUGUUUACACCUUUAAUAUUCAUAGUACUAAUAUAAAGUUCCUUAUGAAGACUUUAGACAUUCGGAAGAUUUUACUAUAAACACAUUUGAAGUGACCUUUGAUGAUUCAAUUAACUUACAUUCAUAAUUCAGAUUUGCGCCUCAGCGUGUUCCACUGAAAGGGUUAGGGUUAAAUCAAUGAGAAACUUGUAAAUUGGUGAUGGUGACAAAUGCAUAAUAACAGGAAAAUAAGGCCGUUGAUAAUUUACUUUCAUAUAUUCUUUUUAAUCAAAAACCACAUAUUUAUCUUCACGAGCUAGAAUAAAGUUUGCGUAAGUUCUACUAGUCUCGAACCCCACUCGUGGGAAUUCACUUAGGUAGAAUAAGGUUUGCAUAUGCUCUACUCUUCUUGAAUUCCACUCGUGGAAAUUCACUUAGGUACAAUAAGAUUUGCAUACGCCCUCGUUAGUGAGAAUUCUCUUGGUAUGUUGUUACAGUUGUAAUUUUUAAAAUCAGAAAAACCAAAAUAGAUACACAUAUUGGAUUAUUGGUAAUUGAGUUCCUCUUAGAUUGGCCAGCUCAAACACAUUAUCCAAAACACAAACCAGUUUAUCUAUAAGAAUCCACAUGGCAAUAAGGCAUUGAUCAACAACAUAUCUUAUAAAUUUUAUGAAAGAGACAAUCCUACUUGUCACCACACAUUUCCCAAAUAUCAACAUUGUCCACAUAAAUCAUCAAUUUAUUUUUACACUCUCUUUAUAGUGACCCCCCUACCACUAACUGAAUACUAUUCUCUUAGAGAAGAAGGAAUCAAGCAAGAAUGGCAGCAACAAUGUCCACUGUUGUAGGCUUAGCUAGCUCAUCUCUUUCUGGAUUUUCUCCUAAGAGGACUUCCCUCACCUCAGAGUUCUUGAGAUCACCAGUGACAGCAAGAAAUCCUUUAAGGAUAGCAAAAGCUUCAGGAGGCAGAGUUACAUGUUUUGAGAGGGACUGGCUGAGGAGAGACUUUAAUGUGAUUGGAUUUGGUUUGAUUGGAUGGUUGGCUCCUUCAAGCAUUCCAGCAAUCAAUGGAAAGAGCCUUACUGGGCUUUUCUUUGAGAGCAUUGGCACUGAACUCUCUCACUUCCCAACUCCUCCUGCUCUCACUUCUCAAUUCUGGCUAUGGUUAGUGUGCUGGCACUUGGGGUUGUUCCUUUGCUUGACAUUUGGACAAAUUGGAUUCAAGGGACGGACCGAGGACUAUUUUUCUAAGUAGAUCAUCAUUUUAAUUUCUUCUGCAAAUUUCAUGUAUAUUGUUAAAAGUAAAAUAAGCUACCACUUUCACUCUUUGCUUGUCGUUUUCUUUCAUUUCAUCAUGUUCUGGGCAAGAAACACAUUUCUCCAUUCCAAGUUAUUUUUUUCUUUUUCAA